UGGUUUCGACAGUGCGUUAUCGGUCUCUCGUUGUGUUGUAUAAUUAAGUUUCGUCGGUUUUUUUUUUCUAAAGCAUAAAAAAUAGUUUUUGCAAUGGAAAAUCCGAUUAAAGUAGAAAAUUCAACACCGUUGCCUCAACGGCAGCAAAGAGGCAAUGCUCCGCAAAAUAAAAUUUUGGGCAAGACUCCCCAAAAACAAAAUGAGUCCAGUGAUGGCGGCCCGGCAGAGAAAAAGCCACGCUUUAAUGCUGCCAAUAAUCAACAAAAUGGUGGUGGUGGCCCUGCAACUGGCGGUGGCGGUCCGACUAACCAAAAUAAGAACUUUGGCAACAAGGGCGGAUUUGGUGGGAAUCGUAAUCGUAAUCGUGGAGGAAACCAGAAUAGGUCGAAUUUUCCCAAUCAACCCAAUCAAAAGGCUACAAAUGAUGUACCGAAUCAGGAUGGAGGAAAACCCGCUGUCAAUGCUAAUGCUAAUGCUGGUGGCAAUCAGAAUCAGCCAAAUCAAAAUGCAUCUCAACAGCAGCAGCAAAACCAACAGCAGCCACAGCAGCAGCAGCAAAACCAGCAACAGUUGCAGCAACAGCAAAACCAGCAGCAAUUGCAGCAGCAACAGCAAAAUCAACAACAGCAGCAGCAGCAAGGAUUCAGAGGUCGCGGUAAUGGCGGCGGUGGCGGUGGUGGUGGCGGCGGCGGCAACCAUCACGGCGGCGGCGGUGGUGGUGGAGGUGGCCAUAGAGAUCGCAGUCGUGGAAAUCGUGGCAGUAUUGGACAAAACAAUUCUGGUGGCGGAGGGGGUAACAAUGCGAAUCGUAGCGAUGACUUCUUUAUAGCCCAGCGCUUGCGCAACAUAUCUGGACCAACUCACGAACUGGCUCCAGUCGAGACCACACAGGAGACUAAAUUUUCUGGCAGAAAUCGUCUCUAUGUUGGUAAUCUCACCAAUGACAUUUCCGAUGAGGAAUUGCGUGAACUUUUCAAGCCAUAUGGCGAAAUUGGUGAAAUUUUUUCAAAUCUUGAGAAGAAUUUUACAUUCCUUAAAGUUGACUAUCACGUGAAUGCCGAAAAAGCCAAGCGUGCCUUGGACGGCACCAUGCGCAAAGGUCGUCAGUUGCGUGUGCGCUUCGCACCUAACGCCACCAUCUUGCGUGUCAGCAACUUGACACCAUUUGUGUCCAAUGAAUUGCUUUACAAAUCAUUUGAAAUCUUUGGCCCCAUUGAGCGUGCCAACAUCACUGUCGAUGAUCGUGGUAAGCACACUGGCGAGGGCAUUAUUGAGUUUGCUAAAAAGUCAUCGGCCAGUGCUUGUCUCCGUUUGUGCAAUGAGAAGUGCUUCUUUUUGACCGCCUCGUUGCGUCCAUGUUUGGUAGAACCGCUUGAAAUAAAUGAUGAUAACGAUGGCCUACCCGAGAAGGCAAUCAACAAGAAGCUUCAAGAAUUCAACCAGGAGCGCAGCAUUGGACCUCGCUUUGCUGAUAUAGGCUCUUUUGAACAUGAAUAUGGGUCCAGGUGGAAGCAAUUGCAUGAUCUUUAUAAAACUAAACAAGAUGCUCUAAAGCGUGAACUAAAAAUGGAAGAAGAAAAACUAGAAGCUCAAAUGGAGUAUGCUCGUUAUGAACACGAAACUGAGCUCUUGCGUCAAGAGCUAAGAAAGCGCGAAUCCGAUAAUGAGCGCAAGAAAAUGGAAUGGGAAAUGCGUGAAAAGCAGGCCGAAGAAAUGCGCAAGCGCGAAGAGGAAACCAUGCGUCGUCAGCAGAACGAGAUGCAGGGUCGCAUGGCUCGCCAUGAGGAGGACAUGCUUCGUCGUCAACAGGAGAACAAUCUGUUCAAGAAGGCCCAGCAGCUGAACUCGAUGCUCGACCAGCAGGAGUGCUUUGGCGGUGGAAAUCCCAACUUUGAAAACUUCAUAAAUAACAGCAACUCACCUUUCGAGGUGUUCAGAGGAAACAACUCCAAUGCUGGAAAUAAUGGGCCAGGGCCUAAUCAAAAAGUAUGUCCAGAAGAGGAUGCUUUCGCUUUUGAAUUUGGAGGCAACCAACAGGGCGGCGGCGGAGGCAACAACAACCAACGUGGAAAUAACGGCGGUGGGAAUAAUAUUCCAUGGGAAAGACGACGAGGAGGUCGUUUCUAAAUUCUGUACCGAAUGGAUCUAAGAAACAUUCUUCUCUGAUUCGUUUUAAAUAAUAUACUGACCUUAGUUCACUUACCAAGAGUAAACUGAAUUAACAACACAUUACGUAGAGAAACUUCGGAAUGCUGUAGCUAAGCACUUUAACAUAAACAAAUUUUUUGUUCGUGUCCUUUUAAAAUAUGAAUGAAAGCCCAAAAAAAAUAUCAGAUACAAUCACAAUGCAAAUAUCAGAUUCAACUGAAAUGUAAUCCGACGAAGGAAAAGAGAACGCAGAACACAGCAACAACAACAGCAAAAAGGGCAACAACCAAUACAUAACAUUUUAAGAUUUUAGAUAUACUGCUGAUAUGUAACUGAACAAUUAUCUAUUUACCCAAGAAUUUUUCCCUUAACAUGUCAUGUGAAAAUUCUAGAUUAAACAAUCUGACAACUAAAAA